AUGGCGUUCCGUAUUUUCUGCAUACCGCGCCCGCAGACCGGCGUCUCGCUAAUCACGCUGUCGCUGCUUCUCAAUAAGAUCAGUGGUUUAUAUGGAUUGCUCGCCCUAUUGACCGGAUAUCAUCUUUCUCCGAUGCAACUAUCUAUGUACAUUUACUCGCUCAUCGCUCUUGCCCUCGCCGCGUUCCUCUUCCCUCACAUCAGAAAACAAACCCCCCUCCAUUGCCUGGGUCUCUGCUGGCUCUACUUCUUCGACACCGUCAUCAACGCGGCUUACACAAUAGCCUUUGGUGUUACGUGGUUUUUGGUUGUUUCUCAACAUAACCACAGUGCGUCCACCUCCGGACCGGGUACUACCAUUGAGGAUACAUCCGGGUUUACGAAUCCAAAGUACAAUGUCUCCACGGUUCAUGUUCCUAGCAACGUCCUCGAUGACUCUGGAAUCACGGCUGAUCCUGCCGGCGCUCCAGCCGGUACCUCCGCCGAUCCUUAUAGCGGCACCCCUAGUCUUGGUGACGGAAUCAAACAGCCAGAGAGCUUGGAAAGCAUCAUCAUGAUCUCGGUACUUUUGCUGAUUCGGAUCUACUUCGUCUUGAUAAUGUUCGCUUUCGCUAGACAGACACUGCGCCAGAAGAUUCUGAAUGCUUCUCAGCCACAUUACAGACAACUUCCUACGCAUAGUCGUGCAACCUCUGUGGCAACAGUGGCUAGCGUUGCUAGUAUGGCCAGUGCACCCGAUAUCGAUCGGGAACCUUUUCUCCCACAUACUCCAGAAGGCCAGGGAUGGCAAGGGACUCUCGGCCGUGCUAUGAUCAGCGUGUUUAGGAGCUACUGGUUGGACCCGGACUCGUCGGAUGUUGAAGAUUCGAGCUGGAUGAACGGUUUUGGUCGCGGAUUACAUUCUCGUAAUAACAGUGCCUCUUUUGAGGGAUUGUCAGAACGAGAACGACGUCGCCGGUCCGGUACUGGACCACCAAAGCCAUCACAAUCCGUUCUUCAGGCCGCAUCAUUGAUGCAACCUGUUGGUGGGAAAGGCGACAACGCUGGCGUGGAUCUACAAGAUCUCAACGAAAACAGGUGA